CCUAACCUAUUUAUUUCGGUUGUUUGAAAGGCAGCGAUUUUGUUAACUUAUACAGUGUUUGGAUUUAAUUUUUUCGAUAUUAUCAAACAUUACCACCGAAUACGAAAAUGGAAAUGCAAAGUAGCGAAGCGAUGGUCAUUAUACCACCUCCUCCGAAAAGAUUUACGUUGGAUGAAUGGCAUCUCAAUAAUAGAUACAGAUAUCGAUGCUCCGAAGCUCAACAAGAAUUAGCCGACCGACUGCUUGCUGAGUCAAAUCGUAUUUGCGAACUGACCGCAGAGGAAGCCAAAGUCAAUAAGAAGGAAACCGAUUAUCGACUGAAAGAGAAAUUAGAAGAUAUUGAAUUUAAUCGGAAGGAACUACUCCAGAUAAGAAGGGAAGUUCUCCUCGAAAUUGAAGCACUGGGAGUGUCUAAAGAUCGUCUCAUCGAUGCUUUAAACUCGGUUCGAAAGAAUGCACUUGACAUUUGUCAAAAAUGUCUUAUGUACAGAGAACGACGCCUUGGAAUCGAUUUAGUACACGACGAGGUUGAGAAACAAUUAAAAAAGGAGUGCCUAGUCAUUCAGGGUGUUGAGAACUUAUUGGUGCGCACUUUAGAACAAACCCAUGAACAAUUGCGGCGGUUAAAGUCGACAUUGUACUUCAUAGAUCAUGAUCUCGAGGGCAAAGAUAACAAUAAUCGCAUCGAUAGGCACAAUUUAUUGCUCAGAGAAACUAACUCCAAUCUCAGCCUUUACCAUGGUUGUGCACCCCUUGACUGUUCACGCAUUUCUCUACAAGAAUGGGAGAGGCAGACGAACAAAAAUAUUAUGGAAGCUUCCAAAGAGGUGAACACCGUAAGACCCAUGCGUUGCUACAUCGACAAAAUUCUUCAACAAGUCACCGAUGACUUAAUUGCCCAAAAACGUACAACGGAUGAAGCUUUUCGACAUCGUAUCGAUGAAACUAGAGAAGCUAAAAUGAAGUUAGAAAAACAGCAUUCCGAGAUAAUGCGGCAAGUGAACGAGAUGACAUCCAAUAUUAAUAGACUGCAAAAGUCGAUCGCCGAUAAAGAGGGUUACAUGGCUUUAGCGCAUACCCGAUUAGGUAAUCGCUGUCAACGCCCAGGACUCGAAUUAACGCGCGAUCUCGUCGAGACUUCUCUCGUUAAAGAGGUCUACGAUUUACGACAAAUCGUUUGUAAAUUGCAGCAAGCACUCUGCGAGGCUCAAGCAUCUCUGCGUUACAUGUUGAAGACUCAGAUACAAUUGGAAGAAGACAUCAACAUAAAGACGAACACCUUGAAAAUAGACGAAGUCGAGUGUAUGACAGUGCGACAAAGAAUGGACUACCGCUCCUUCUGAUCUGCGGCACGAAGAUAAAAUUUCUCAUUACAUCAUGCGCUUUAUUUAAUUAUUCGAUAAAACACAAAAUACAAACAUAAUCUAAUUCCCAAACAACGUAUCUA